AUGGUAUCUUCAAAUGCAUGUGUCUUGGCAGCCGAAAUGGACGGUUUAAUCAUGAAAAUUCAGCAAGGACUGAGACUUAAAGCGAAGGAGAAACAGCACACGUAUCGUCAUGCCAGUACGACGCCAUAUUCGUUUCCCUGUUUUGGUAGUAAACAGAGUCGGAGUUCCUCAGGGCAUUUAGAAAUGGUGUUUAAGCCGAGGUGUCGAAGAAUUAUGAAACGCACAAACAAGAUUGAUCUCGAACCGCACAAACUUUUACAAAAAUUGCUCAAAGAACAAACUCUGAUUCAAGAAGCUGUGAAGAGACUUCAAGAGCGAACAUCGUCGUGUGAACUGAACGAUUACUCCGACUAUGAGCACGAGUCAAGCGAUUGUGAGAUGGAGUUGAACAGUAAUACAACCCGUGUGAGUAAAGAGAGCUGA